AUGUCUUUGGCCAACACAGCAGGAACAAGCCUCGAUGAAUAUUUCCCUGGCAUGAUAGAAAGAAACCAGAGGUCAGCAGAAGGCAAGCACAGCCCGGGCCCGGGGAACUUUCUGAAGACCAGUAGUGCUUCCAACAAGAGUGUGGACUAUAGCAAGUCUCCGGGCUCCUGCACCAGUCCACACUCUCAUGGUGACUUGUCCGAAGACUUUAUCUCAGAAGGUUCCAGAGUGACUCUCCAUAGAACCUGUUUAGAGCCUCUGCCAAAAUACAAAAAGGAGAAGAAAAACAUUAAUGUUUCUAAAGUUUCCAUAUACAAAGGCCCCCGGGGCAUCGCGACGGAAAGGCAGCUUGACUGGAAACGCCCGGUCUUGCACCCUCAGCCCAGCAUGACAGCCCCGAGGCGAGAGGCCGUGAGCCACCGGAUCCUCUCGGCCAGGCUGCACAAGAUCAAGGAGCUGAGGAACGAGGUGGCCGACGUGACGCGGCGGCUCGAGGCCAUGGUGCUGGAGAACCAGUUCCUGAGGCAGGCGCAGUACAGACACCUGAAGGCCCUCGGCAGGUACGAGCACUCGCAGAACCACCUGCCGCAGGUCGUGGCCAAGCACCAGAGCGAGGUCCAGCAUCUGCGGCAGCUGCUGAAGAACUCGCAGGGCAAGGAGCGCACCAUGACCCGCAAGCUCCGCGAGACAGACCAGGAGCUGCUCAAGACCAGGGACGCGCUGCAGCAGCUGCAGAGACUCUCGGAGGACAAGAACCUGGCCGAGAGGGAGGAGCUCGCCCAGAAACUGUCCGUGCUGACGGCCAGGCUGGAGGGGAAUGACAAAAAGAUACAGAGGCUGGAAAAGCAACUGAAGCUGAACCACAAAGUCUUCAGCCAGCAGCUGGUCACAGAAAGCAGGAAGACCCUGGCUGCGCAGACAACCAACAAGACUCUGCAGGUGGAAUUGAAGCACCUCCAGCAGAAACUCAAGGAGAAGGAGCGGGAGCUGGAGAUCAGGAACAUCUACACCAACCGGCUUCUGAGGAACCUCUGUGAAUCGCAAGACGGUCUGAAAGGUGCUUUGACAAAAGCAACCCAAGCUGACAGGAGAAGCUUCGCCUUUGUGACUCAGAAACACCAGGAGACCCAGAAGUCCUACGAAGUCCCGGCCCCAACAGAGAAGUGUCAGGACCCCCCAACACCCUCACCUAAAGCUGGGCCUCCUUGUCGUGGCUGGACCCCCGAUAAAAGCUGCACCCCUAACACGGGCCGGGUCCUCCCCCUCGGACUGAGCCGGCCUCAGUCCCUGCUCCCCCUCGCGCCCCGGCCCCGGCCCCCGAGACCCUCCUCUCCCGCAGAUGCGCCCUGGGAGCCGGCGGCGAAGGCGGAGGCGCCCCUGGAGGACGCGCCGCGGCCGGAGGAGCCCGAGGAGCCGGAGCCGCGGUCCCCGCCCCCCAGGCGCGUGCGGGGGUCCCCCUUGGGGCCGGAGCCGGAGCCCGCCAGCCGCCCCCCGGCCCCGCGGCCCCGCAAGCGCUACUCCUUCUCCGAGGCCACCGAGAACCUGCACCACGGGCUGCCGGCCGCCGGGCCCGCGCGCGCCUGCGCCUACCAGCCCUCCUGCGGCCAGGCCCGGCGGCCCCGCGGAGGCCCCGCGGCCGACGACGCGCUCCGGGACCGGCAGAGCCGCCUGAUGCGCCAGCUGUUCGGGGACCCCGCGAGGACGCCCUCCCCGCCAGAAGGAAAGGGAGACGGUUCUCUGACCAGGGGGCGGCCCCCGGUUCUCUCUUAG